CGGUGCGGUUUCCUGACCGAACUGUGUGUUCCCCGGCUAAUCCAUCUCGACAAAAGGCAACGUCUACCUGAGAGCUCGCAAACUAUAAAGACAUCUCAACACAUUUACCCUCCUUUAAAAGCCCCGCUGAAUGCAACCCGCUGUCUGUUGUAUUUCCGGCCGAUCAUGAGCAAAGACUCGCAGAUGAGGGCUGCAAUAAACCAGAAGCUCAUAGAAAUGGGGGAACGGGAGCGGUUGAAAGAGUUGCUCAGGGCAAAGCUGGUGGAGUGUGGAUGGAAGGAUCAGCUGAAAGCACACUGCAAAGAUGUGAUCAAAGAGAAAGGUCUGGAGCAUGUCACAGUGGAGGACCUGGUCACAGAAGUCACACCAAAGGGCAGAGCACUCGUACCGGACAGCGUGAAGAAAGAGCUCCUGCAGAGAAUCAGAGCGUUUCUAGCUCAACACGCCACCUUGUGAAAGAGAUGAUUCCCCGUCUAGACAUUUUUUUUACUCGCCGUAGAUCCACAAUUUAAAAUCCAAACUGAUGUUUGUUCUCGUUGUGAGCGACGCUGAAGUGUUAUUUUUUAUUUUGUAUUUUGUGUUUUCAUAUUGAUUUUAGUUUGUUAUGCAGCAGUUUUGGAAAAAAAUGAAUAAAGUCGUGCCUAUUUUGGUCA